GAUUUACGAUUAAUGAUUAUUACAGCAAUAUUGUUAUAUUCUGUGAUUGUACACUCAAUUUACUUAUUCACUGAAUACGAAUGUAGGAAAUAAAAGCCAAACAUACAGACAAAGUCAAACAGCUCCAAACUACAAGUUGUUGUCUACAACUUACUGACAAGUUCAUUGUUCAUAUUAUAAUAAUAUCCCGUACGACGAACAGUGAACUGGAACCAAUUUUUAGCUGGCAAAAAGUUCUAUUCCUAAAUCCUGAAACCUAAAAAAUGCUACAUUUUAGUACUUACUUAUUUUUGUUAUAGUAUUUUGAUUGUAAAUUAAAAAAAUGUGGGUAAGUGGAUGUCGCUCUGCUGUACAGUAGGUUACAAGUGGGUCACUGUAAUGUAUGGUGUUAAAUUUGAAUUCAUUAAUUUAAUAUCAUUGUAUAAGAAAAACGAUUCUGAGCGAAAACAGUCGGUCAGCCAAGUAUUACCAUAUUACCAAGUAUAUUUGAUGAUAUUAUUGUGAAUAAAAUAAUUUAUAUAUAACCUAUUUACGUGGAGCCUAUAUAAGAGCCUUGUUUUCAAUUUUCAAUCCUUAGCUAUAAAAGUGGAAAAUUUUAUAAAUUUUUAACUAAAAAUUAAUUAUUAAAUUAUAAAUGCUUAUAAAAAAGAAUUUUGCCAAUGUAUUUUUAAUAUUUUCAAGUGCUAUUAGAACGAUAUAUCAGGAGCCUUGCAUUAAAUUUUCACGCUUUUUUACACAACGAAUAAAAAUUUAUUGAUAUUUAUAGAAAAAAAACUAAACAAAUUGAAAAAUGACAAUGUCCGUAAUCAGCUCAAAAAGAGUCAAAUUAUUUUCGAAAUUUUACUGUGUAUAGAAAAUGCUAAUACAAACAUUCAGUGAAAUUUUCAAGUAUCUACAGUGAUACCUUUUUUAAUUACAACAAAAUAAGAAAAUCGUUACACGAGAAAUCAAGUGAAUAUCAAAUGUUGUAAAAACAUGAAUUUCAAAAGCUCAUAAAAAAUUAAUUCGAGUUUCUUGUAGACAUUAUUUUUGUUGAUAAAGGUAGAUAAACUUAUGGAUAAUCUUGUAUUACAUUUUCAAAUCUUAGAUUGAAAAAGAAAAAUUUUUAUCAAUUCUCAACUCAAAAUAAUUUGCUAAUUUUCGAGAUUUUUUCGUAUUUUGUCAAUAUUUGAACUUUAAAUGCUUAUAAAUAAAAACUGUGAUUAAGGAUUUUUAAUAUAUUCAAAUGUCUUUCUAAUAAUAUAGUAGGAGCCUUGUAUAAAAUUUUCAAGGUUUUUUAUCCAACAAAUAAAAUUUUAUUGAUAUUUGUAGAAAAAAAAACUGCAAAUGUCCAUAAACAGCUCAAAAUAAGUCAAAAUAUUUGGAAAAUGUUAUGGUGUAUAGAAAAUGCUAAUAUAAACAUUCAGUCAAAAUGUUAUGUACCUUGUACCUACGGUCAUUUCUUUAGAGUUGCACCAAAAACCAAAAUCGAUUUUCUCAAAAACAGAUUUUGCGUAAAAAUUCCCGUUUUUCCUUGACAGACACAAAAAUAAAAACAAAAACACACAUCAUUGUAAAAUUAAUACAUUCAUCGCUUCGCUCAGAAUCUAAAAUGAGGUUAAUUAUUUGAUUAUUGAAUGUUAUAUAGAACUGUUGAUUAGAAAAAUAUAGAUUUUUAUCGAUUAUUUCCAACUUUUACGCUAGGUAUAAAUAUUAAUUAUUUUUUUUCACUCUAAAUAAUUUAUUUAAAGUUUAUAUUUUUAUAAUUCACACUUAUUAUUUUGUUUUAACAUAAUACCGUCAGAAAAAAAUAAUAUUUUUUUUUAAUCAAAAGUAAUACGAAAAUGAACACGAAAAACACAAUGUUUCCAUUAUUUUUUUGGUUAUUUAAGAAUAUAACUAAAAAUUGCAGAGUUUUAUGUAAUAUUAAAUACACACAUGUUAUAUAGUACAAGUUGUCAACAAUAAAUUUAAAAAAAGAUGUUUGCCAAAAAUGUGUUUUAAGUACAUUGUACUUAAUAAUAUUAUAUGAUUUUACUAAAAUAGUAAAAUAUAUAUAUCUACGUAAUUUUGAAAAAAAACCAAGAUUUCAGACAUAUUUUAUCGUCUUAUCGAUUAUCAAUCGGAAAAUAAUGAUAUUAAGACACGAUUUCGAUAAUAUUAUAAUAUUAUAAAAGUAUAAGACUAUUAAAAUUUAAAAUAAUAUUGUUAAACUGAAUGUGUUAUUUUUUUUUUCAAUUGUUUAAUGUAAACAAGUAAACGUUCGUAUGUAUGAACACAAUUUUCCAAAGAAGUUUGAUUUUUAUGGUAUCUAUAUUUCUACUUUACGGGGCACCUUUUUAUUGCAAUUUUUCUUUUUGAAACGGAUGUAGAAGUAGGUACAUUGAAAACGAUGGUGAAGUCAGAAAUCGGCGCUCGGGCAUAGUUUCGAGGUUACGACACUUCAAAGUUAGCAUAUAAAGAGUUGAGAAAAUGAUAAGAGUGGAUAUACGGCGGUUACCCUGCGAUCAACUACUUGAGGUGGUGUUGCAUAGCAAUUUGAGGGAUAUUUUUUUUUGUCCGAGCGCAGAGCAUCGAGCGAGUGGUAACGCGGGCAUCGCUGGCGUCCCUCCCCCCAAAAAAGUACUAAAAAAGGGUGUCCCGUAAAGUAGAAAAGUUCCAUUAUAGAGCCGUGUACACGAAAAAUUUGAACUUCAAUUUUGAUCCAACUUCAUGGUAUCAUGGUUAAACCUGUGGUAAGAACGUAUACACUCUGGUACAUCAAAAGCUUACCAUGUAUACCAACCAAUCACAGAAAAGUAUUUUUAUGCACGUGUGUAGUGGAAAUUCACCUAUAGUAGUUCACUGGUUAAUUAUACAAAUGUGGUUAUUAUUGACUAAUAUAUUAUAUAGAUACUAUAUGUCUAUAUCUUAUACUAUAAUGAGUAGUGAAAAUGUGAAUUCGUUGCAAACUGAUUCAAUUGUUGAAACAAUCAAAUCAACAUAUUAAAAUGUCUGAAUUAAAUUUAAUCUGUAAUUAUAAAAAAUGUCGUAAGGAUUUAAACUCAUUUGCAUGGGUAACGAGUUGCUCACAUAUAUUUUGUGACUACGAUGGUAGCCGAACAUUUAACCGUGAAAAAAAAUGCCCAUGCUGUAAUGAAGUCCUAAACAGACGAUUGGACAUUGUCCAGAUAAACUUAAAUCCAGACGAAUCUUUUAAAUCUAUGAUACUGUGUGGUUUAAGACCAGAAGUUGUAAUGGAUAUAUCAUUACGAGCAGUGUCUUUUUGGAAUUACCAAAUGACCCAAGAAAAAAUCAUUCAGACUAGUAGUAUGAAAAGACUUCAAGCAAAAUUUGAACAGGUUAAAAUCAAUAUAGAAACCAUGGAGUACCAGUUUCAAAAACAUAUUUUAAUUGAAACAAAAAAAUCUGAGUCAGCUUUGAAAGAUGCUGAAUUACAAAGACGAAAAACCCAAGAGAUAGAAGAGAAGCUGAUCGAAAAGAGUAGAAUCUUACAUCAAGUUCAGGUGAUAGUAAAAUAAAAUAAAAUCAAC